CUAACCUCUAAAUUCGCCAUUAAACUGUCACUUUCGACCAAAUCCUUUUUUUUCAAUCGCGAGAAAAUUCCUAUACAACAUGGAAGAAACCAGCCCGGAAGCCCUGCAGGACCUCGCCCACCUCAUCAGGAUCCACAGCAUCGAGUCGACGUCGGCCUCGAAAUCCGGCCACCCGACGACCUGUUCGUCCUGCUGCGAAAUCCUCAGCGUGCUCUUCUUCCGCGUGAUGCGCUACAACAAAAACUGCCCCAAGGACCCGUCCAACGACCGCUUCGUCCUGUCCAAGGGCCACGCGGCGCCCGCCCUCUACGCCUGCUGGGUCGAACUGGGCGUCAUCACCAAGGAGGAACUGCUGAAAUUAAGGCAUAUAGACAGCGACCUGGAGGGCCACCCGACGCCCAGGCUCAAAUUCAUCGACGUCGGAACGGGCUCGUUGGGCCAAGGACUGGCCAUCGCCUGCGGCAUGGCCCACGUCGGUAAAUACGUGGAUCGCGCUAAAUUCAGAGUGUACUGCGUGCUGGGAGACGGCGAAUGCGCCGAAGGAUCCGUCUGGGAGUCUGUCGCCUUCGCCGUGCAAUACAACUUAAACAAUCUCUGUGUAGUAAUCGACGUGAAUAGGUUGGGACAAACGGGCGAGACGAUGUACGGGCAUUGCUUGUACCAAUACGAGAAACGCUUGGAGUCCUACGGGUUCAAUUGCCUCUGCGUCGACGGUCACGACAUCUGCGAGUUGAUCGAAGCUUUCCAAUGCGCCGAACAGACCAAAGACAGGCCCACCUGCAUCAUCGCAAAAACGUUCAAAGGCAAAUACUUCGAAGGGAUCGAAAACAAGCCGGGCUGGCACGGCAAACCGCUCGGAGACAAAACCAAGGAGAUCGUCGCGUCGAUCAAGUGCCGCAUCAAAGCCUGCGGCAAGCCGGAAUUCAACGUGCCGAAACCCUGCUCGACGGUGUGUCCGGUGGAUCUCUGCAACAUCAAACUCUGCCCGCCGCCCGAUUACAAAAAAGGCGAAAUGGUCGCCACCAGAACGGCUUACGGCACCGCCUUGGCCAAGCUAGGCAAAUCGAACAACCGAGUCGUAGCCUUCGACGCGGACGUCAGCAACUCCACCUUCUCGGAGUACAUCAAGAAAGACCUGCCCGACAAUUUCGUCGAAUGCUACAUAGCCGAGCAAAACAUGGUCGGCGUAGCCGUCGGAGCGGCCUGCAGAAACCGCGUCUGCGCCUUCGCCUCCACCUUCGCCGCCUUCCUCACCAGGGCCUUCGAUCAAAUCCGCAUGGCGGCGAUAUCGAAAUCGAACAUCAACCUGUGCGGCUCCCAUUGCGGCAUCUCCAUCGGCCACGACGGGCCCAGCCAGAUGGGGCUCGAGGACAUCGCCAUGUUCAGGACGAUACCGGAUUGCACGGUGUUCUAUCCCAGCGACGCCGUCUCCGCCGAGAGGGCCGUGCAAUUGGCGGCCAACACCAAAGGCGUCUGCUACAUCAGGACCACCAGGUCGCCGACGGCGGUCAUACAUUGCAACACGAUGGAGUUUCAGGUGGGUAGGGCGGUGAUUGUCCAGAAGUCCCCGUGCGACGUGGCUUUGGUCAUCGCGGCGGGUAUCACGAUGGAGGAAACGAUGGAGGCCAAUAAGAAGCUGUGCUGCGACGGUAUACGUACGAGAAUCAUGGAUCUGUUUACCAUCAAACCGAUCGAUAAGGAAGCCAUCGUUUGCAACGCCAAAGAAUGCGGUUGUAAGAUAUUGGUGAUCGAAGAUCAUUACCCGGAAGGCGGGAUGGGCGAGGCCGUGCUGGCCGCCGUGGCGGAUCAGAAGGGUAUUAUUGUUAAAAUCGCCGCCGUGGAAGGUCUGCCGAAAUCGGGCGAAACGAAGGCUUUGCUCAAACGCUUCCGCAUCGACUCGACCAGCAUCUACGAUCACGUAACAAAGCUUGUAAAAGGUUGUUGAGUAAUUUAAAUUAAAUGACAAAUGUACCGUUAUGCUUGCUGUAAUUGCACAUUUAAAAAAAAUAAAACCCUAUUAAGUAUCGUAUCACCGUACAGUUACUUUUUCCUCCUUAACAAUCGCAUGAAUCCUUCGCAUUUUUAGGAGUUCUAACCUUAACGGUACCGUCGCUCAUUCCGAAAUAAGCCACGACCGCCAUGUCGACGAACAAUCCGGUUUCGAACAAACCGGGGAUCUUCAACAGCUCCAUGUUCACCUCUUCCCAAUUGCUUUCGGGAUUGAAAUCCUUCCAAUCUAAUAUGAAAUUCCCUCCGUCCGUUAUCACCGGCCCCGCUUUCAUCUUGCCUAUUCUAAGCUCCGCUUCGCCGCCCAUGGUUUUUUCUAUCUUCGUCUUCACCGUGUAAUACGCCAUCGGAUCAACUUCUAACGGUAUACCUGUCAAACAAAUAU